AUGGGCUCUAUAGAUAACAAAGAAACAUUGUCCAUUAACAAAGCAAAUGAAGUAUUUGUUGAUGCCAUGCUCUUCUACAACUCAAUUGUGUUCCCCAUGGUCCUCAAAGCAGCCAUCGAGCUGAAUUUGUUUAAAAUAAUUGCUAAAGCAGACCCUGGUGCUCACAUUUCAGCCUCUAAGGUAGCGUCUCAACUACCUUCCAAUAGCCCAUCCACACCUUCAAUGCUUGAUCGUGUGCUGUAUUUCCUGGCUAGCCAUUCAAUGCUAUCCGACUCAUUGCGCACCCUCGAAGACAGUAGAAUUGAGAAACUUUAUGCUCUUACAGCCGCCUCUCAACUCUUUGUCAACAAUAAUGAUGAACUCAUGCGCUAA